CCAUUUUUAUAAAAAAAUAAUCUUUGCAUCAUAAAUGAAAUUGUAGUCGGUUGGCUGGCAUAGCCGUAGGGCCUCCUGAUGAAGAAGCAAUGGUGUAGAAUACAAGAAGUGUGCUUUUUUAUUUUGGCUCUGAUUUCUUUUAUAGGCUCCCUUUUGUUCCAGUUUCUCCUCCCAAAUCUGCAUGUAGGUUUUUGUUUGUGGGUGUUGCCUUUGUUUUCUAGUGGUGAGGAAAAGAACAGAGAACCCACAUUAAAGGGAGGGGUGGGAGGGGGGAAAAAGAUCAGAAAUUCUUCUGAGGUUGUCAAUUCUCAACAAUGCUUGCUUUUCUUAUAAUUUGUCUCAAGCUGCAGCAGUAGCAGUGUUGGUGAUAUUAUUGUUUUGUGUGGUUCAGGAGUCUUCAUCUUGUUUCCUUCACUGAAUCUCUGAGUGCAGGUGACAAAAGGGUAGUGUUGAAGGAGUUGAGGGGUUUUUUGAACAGGAAGUUUGUGCAUGCCACACAACUGUGUGCUUAAGGGUUUUUUUGCUUUCUUCCAUGGGAAUGAGCAUUUGAAACUGAAGAUGGUCUUUGUUGGAAGUAGAGGUCCUGGUAGAACUUGGGGAGUUUCUCUACUUCUUAGGUGUUCUUGUUCUUCUGGCUUGAAUGUGUUCCACGGAAGUAACCAUGGAGCGCUCGCUGACUCUGCGCGAUUGAAGUCUGAUAGUGCUAUAGAAUCUAAGAGCUUUGUAGCUGCCGACUGGAUUCAAAUACCUGUGUUGCUUAAUUUCAAUUCAGGGGAGGAGGCUGUUAGGGUGGCAGCGGGAAGCCAUAACUUGAGCCAUCAGGUCACUUCACCUGGAGGAUGAAGUUUCUCUGGAUCAAUUUGUCUAGGCAAUGAGGUGGGGAGGUGAUGUUAGCUUGAGACACUGGUUGGACAAACCUGAAAGAUCUGUUGAGGAAUACGAGUGUUUGCACAUAUUCUCUCAAAUUGUUGACAUUGUAAAUAUAGCACAUUCUCAAGGGAUUGUAGUCAACAAUGUUCGACCUUCUUGCUUCUAUAUGUCCUCCUUCAACCAUGUCUCUUUCAUUGAAUCUGCUUCUUGUUCUGAUUCUGGGUCUGAUUCUUUAGAAGAUGGGUUGAAUAAUAACCAGGGCCUUGAGCUUAGAGAUUCAUUCUCUCCUUUGCUUCUUGCCAUCUCCCAGAAGCAGAAGAGUGCUGGUGGAAGUGAGGAUUUUCGGCCUGUCUCAACAAAUGCUUUCUCUGAAACUAGCUGCAUUCAAUCAAGUUCAGCCUGUGGGAGAGUGCCAUUAGCAGAGGACAAUGAAGAAGAUAAUAAUAGGAAUGUUGGGGAAGGAGAAAGAAAGCAACAACUCUUCCCAAUGAAGGAAGUUUUGCUUAUGGAGACUGGUUGGUAUACCAGUCCCGAAGAGGCUGCUGGUUCGACAAGCUCCAUUGCAUCAGAUAUAUAUCGGCUUGGUGUGCUUCUGUUUGAGUUGUUCUGCCCUUUCAAUUCAAGGGAAGAUAAGAGCAGAACUAUGUCUAGUUUGAGGCACCGAGUACUUCCACCCCAACUGCUGUUGAGGUGGCCAAAAGCAGCUUCAUUUUGCUUAUGGUUGCUGCAUCCGGAGCCUAGCAGUCGGCCAAGCGUGAGGGAUGUGUUGCAGAGCGAGUUCCUUGCUGAACCAAAAGAUAAACUAGUAGAGCGUGAAGCAGCCCUACAGCUGAGACAGAGAAUAGAAGAGCAAGAUCUGUUGCUCGAGUUCCUGUUAUUGAUACAACUGAGGAAACAGGAAGCUGCUGAUAAGUUGCAAGACACUGUUUCUCUUUUGUGCUCUGAUAUUGAAGAGGUCGUGAAGCAUCCAUCCUUUCACGGGAAUAAUGUAAGCACCGCUGCAGAAAAAGGGAAGGAAGAUCUUCUAGAUUCUGAUCUCCUGCUCAUGAACCCGUCUCAGACAGAUGAUCUUUUCGGCCUGGGUUCUCGAAAACGAUGUCGACCUGGCUAUCAGACUAAUACUGAGGAAUCUGAUGAUAACAUGGAGGAUGUUCAAAACUCUAGUAUGAUGCCAUCACAAGCUCAAGGAAGUCUACUGUUUAAAAACUCACGGCUCAUGAAGAACAUCAAGAAAUUAGAGGCAGCUUAUCUGCUGACAAGAUGCAGACCACUGGCAGCAGUUAGGCCACUGGGAAGAUCGGUUGGUAGACAUUCCCAAGUCAGCAGUGAUGGAAGAGGUUCUGUUGUAGCGAGUGAAAGAAGCUCCAUUAGUGGGUUACAACCAAGACCCCGCAUGUUGUGGCCAGACAAACUGGAUGGAUUAGUCCAUUCCUUGAGGGUUUGUGCAAAUACUUAUCUCUGAGUAAGCUUAAAGUCAAGGCGAAUGUGAAGCAAGGAGAUAUGUUGAACGCUUCCAACCUAGUAUGCUCAUUGAGUUUUGACCGUGAUGGGGAAUUCUUCGCUGCUGCUGGUGUAAAUAAGAAGAUAAAAGUGUUCGAGUGUGAUGCAAUCAUAAAUGAGAACCGUGAUAUCCACUACCCAGUUGUUGAGAUGGCUAGUAGGUCGAAACUGAGCAGUAUAUGUUGGAACAGCUAUAUUAAAAGCCAACUUGCUUCAAGUAACUUUGAAGGCGUGGUGCAGGUAUGGGAUGCUUCAAGAGGUCAGGUAGUUACUGAAAUGAGAGAGCACGAGAAGCGUGUUUGGUCCAUUGACUUCUCAUCUGUAGAUCCUACACUGUUGGCUAGUGGGAGCGAUGAUGGUUCUGUCAAGCUAUGGAGCAUCAAUCAGGCAAUUCUACUUUUUCCACUUGUUGGAUGGAGUAAGCAUUGGUACCAUAAAAACAAAAGCCAAUGUCUGCUGUGUUCAAUUUCCACUAGAUUCCAGUCGCUCUCUUGCAUUUGGUUCAGCAGAUCAUAGAGUUUAUUACUACGAUCUUCGUAACUCGCGAGCUCCACUGUGCACAUUGGUUGGACACAGUAAAACUGUGAGUUACGUGAAGUUUGUUGACUCGACAACAAUGGUUUCUGCAUCAACGGAUAACACGCUGAAGCUCUGGGAUAUGUCAGCCUGCGCAUCUCGAGUCAUUGAUGCUCCACUGCACUCAUUCACGGGACAUAUGAACAUGAAGAACUUCGUUGGUCUAUCAGUGUCUGAUGGUUACAUUGCUACUGGCUCAGAAACAAAUGAGGUUGUGAUCUACCAUAAAGCCUUCCCAAUGCCAGCAUUAUCGUACAAGUUCAACACCACAGACCCGGUCUCCGGGCAUGAAAUGGAGGACACGUCCCAGUUCAUCUCAUCGGUCUGCUGGCGAGGCAAGUCGUCGACCCUCGUUGCUGCAAAUUCGACCGGCAAUAUCAAAAUCCUGGAGAUGGUUUGAUCCGAUUUGGCAAGCACACACCAUUACAUAUACAUGUAGCAAUAAUUUAGAGCCAGCUACAGAGAUCAAAGGACCAAGUGUUGUUAAAAGCAAGUAGAGAGAGAAGAGAGGGGUGGGUACUUAUUAGUAGUUGUUCAGCAUUAUAUUAGAGCCAGUCAAUGUUUUCUAGAUUAUUACUUAAUGCUCGGUGAUUUUAUAGCCUUUUUUCUCCUUUUUGUCAUGGGUUGGCGAAACAGAAGCAGAAGCAGAUGCUGCUGUUAAUUCAUCCACUACUAUGUAUAUUUUGUAAUGCAUAUCAUGGUCCAAAUCAUCAUUCUUCUUAGUCUGUUAACGCCUUUAUUCUUUAAUCUUCUCUCCUAAUCUUCGCUUAGGAAUCCUAAACAA